CCAGUUCACUUGGGUCCGCAGCUUGCGCGCAGCCGGAGUCCCGGGCCGCGGUCUGAGAUUUCAGAAUGACUUCCAUCUUGACUUACACCUUUAAAAGCCUUCCCAGAACAUCAGAAUGGGCCCUGAGAUUCUCAAUAAGACCGCUGAGCUGUUCUUCCCAACUGCGAGCUGCGCCAGCUGUCGAGACCAAGUCAAAGAAGACCUUAGCCAAACCCAAUGCAAGGAAUAUCGUGGUGGUAGAAGGGGUUCGCACGCCGUUUUUGCUGUCAGGCACUUCAUAUAAGGACCUGAUGCCCCACGAUCUGGCUAGAGCAGCACUUACGGGGUUGUUACAUCGAACCAAGAUCCCAAAGGAAGUUGUGGAUUAUAUUAUUUUUGGCACUGUUAUACAGGAAGUGAAAACAAGCAAUGUGGCUAGAGAGGCUGCCCUCGGAGCCGGCUUCUCGGACAAAACCCCUGCCCACACUGUCACCAUGGCUUGCAUCUCUGCCAACCAAGCCAUGACAACAGGUGUGGGGUUAAUUGCUUCUGGACAGUAUGACGUGAUUGUGGCAGGUGGUGUAGAGUUAAUGUCUGAUGUCCCUAUCCGUCAUUCACGGAAAAUGAGGAAAAUGAUGCUUGAUCUCAAUAAAGCCAAAACUCUGGGUCAGCGACUGUCUUUGCUCUCGAAGUUCAGAUUGAAUUUCCUAUCACCUGAGCUCCCUGCAGUAGCCGAGUUCUCCACCAAUGAGACCAUGGGCCACUCUGCAGACCGCCUGGCCGCUGCCUUUUCUGUCACACGAACGGAGCAGGAUGAGUAUGCGCUGCGCUCACACAGCCUGGCCAAGAAGGCGCAGGACGAGGGGCUCCUUUCUGAUGUUGUGCCCUUCAAAGUGCCAGGCAAAGACACAGUUACCAAAGAUAAUGGCAUUCGCCCUUCCUCCCUGGAGCAGAUGGCCAAACUCAAACCUGCAUUCAUCAAGCCCUAUGGCACCGUGACAGCUGCCAACUCUUCUUUCCUGACUGACGGUGCAUCAGCAAUGCUUAUUAUGUCCGAGGAGAAGGCUCUGGCGAUGGGUUACAAACCCAAGGCCUACUUAAGGGAUUUUGUGUAUGUGUCUCAGGAUCCGAAAGAUCAGCUCUUACUUGGACCAACAUAUGCUACUCCAAAAGUCCUAGAAAAGGCAGGAUUAACAAUGAAAGAUAUUGAUGCUUUUGAGUUUCAUGAAGCUUUCUCAGGUCAGAUUUUGGCUAACUUCAAAGCAAUGGAUUCUGAUUGGUUUGCACAAAACUACAUGGGAAGAAAAACCAAGGUUGGACUGCCUCCACUGGACAAGUUCAACAACUGGGGGGGCUCGCUGUCCCUGGGACACCCUUUUGGAGCCACAGGUUGCCGGCUGGUCAUGGCAGCUGCCAACAGGUUACGGAAGGAAGGAGGCCAGUAUGGUUUGGUGGCCGCCUGCGCCGCUGGAGGACAGGGACACGCCAUGAUAGUGGAAGCUUAUCCAAAAUAAGUGCCAGAAGAGGGGACCGGGAGGCUCAGAGCAGCACUCACGGUGGGCGCUGCUGCUUCAGUGACAGCUACCAAGUGUCCUUCCGCGCUCCUUUAGGAAAGCAAAACCUGUGGCCUUCUAUUAAAUACUUUGCAAUUAAGUGUUACCAGUGUUUGAGCUUUUCAGUAAUCCCAGCUUACUGUUCUUUGAGGGAUUUGUCUGUCACCAGAGUCUCACACAGCUCUUAAGCUUAAACAGGUGUUCUUUGUCUCUGUUCUUUGAAGACAACUUGAGUGUGAGAGUUUGGAGAGGAGGUUGGCUGAGGUCUGGAACCAUCUUUGUAGCGCACAGUCUUAUUUGUGACCUAAAGAUAAGUUGUUUUUGCUAUAAAAUGCAAACCAACGUGCCUAUAUUAACCUAAUUAUGAAAAGGUAACUUGUUCUAAACAGCACUGAAAAUGUACAGUAAAUGUUUAGUACAUAAAUACCAUGCUGAAUAGCCUGAAUAAAGUGGAGAACUAUUGAAAAA